AAUGUCUAGCAACAAAGCUGAAAAAUCGGCAGAGAAAUUGAAUGAAAAUUGUGACUGUGAUGUGUCGUCUAAAUGUAUUCAUUUCAACAAUAUAUCAAAAUGUGAACUAGAAACGUAUUUGGCAACCUUGGAACCAAGCGAUCGUCGAAAUUAUGCUAUAAAACAUAAUAUUCCUCUUAAUCCUUUUUUCGAUCAGAAGGUGGAAUGGAGUCCGUCAACUUUUACUAAUGUAAAGCAUAUGGAACUUUUCAACGAUAGUCUUCCCUCACCUAACGUCUCAUUAAUGGAGGAUGACCACCAUAGUAUAAUUCAUCAGCAUUCUAUUGCCUCAUGUGAACAUAGGGAAAUAUUAGCAGAUAAAGCAGAAAUGUCAAAAACAUUUUUCGAGAAUUACACUGGUCCACCUUCUCCUGGAGGAAUAUCAGUAGAUAUAGUUGAAUCUGAUGAAGAAGUGGAAGAUGAAAAAGAGAAAAAAGGAGUUGAUUGUUCUACUCAAACUGAAUGGUGUAUUGAUCCAGACUGGAAACAUAUCGGCAGAGUUCCAUUUCUGCGUCUUCUACCCACAACUGAGGAUGACUUGUGUGAUGCUUCCCAUAUAGUGUAUUUGCCUUUAUAUAAGCGCGCUCAUUGGCGGCCUAUGCUGGCCACUGAAGCUCUUCCUAAAGCUUACUUUACUGAUGGAAGAGGAACUUUAAUGUGUGAUAAUUACAGGAAACUUAUAGAAGGCGAUGAAGGACCCUCUGGUAUGACUCCUAAUGAAUAUCGUCUUGUACGAAGAGUGUAUGCUACUGAAGAAUCACCUCAUAUAACUCCAAAGUUUCCAGCAGGAAAAUACAUCGAGUCACCUUGUGGACUAAACAAAUUUUCACCAAAGCUUUCUCCCAUUACUCCACAAACAAGAUCAUCACAUCGCUCUGCUUCAUCAGCCUUUCGUCUCAACAUAUCCCCUAUUCUAGCAAACAGCCCAGACUUGUAUGGAACUAAGCGAGCUUAUCGAAUAAGACAAAACUCUGGCACUACUGCCCCAUUCACAGGUCAAUUGAGCUUCUGUCUUGAUGAUGAUGAGGAUGAGGACGAAGACGAAAUGAGUGAAAAAGACAUUCCUUUUGAGCAGAAAGAAAAAGAAAAACCUGCUAUAAACAGUACUUUACAAAGCGAAAAUACUUUGGGUGAGUCAACAACUGAUCAGGGAUAUAUGACUAUGAGCAAUCGCGCAUCAGAAAUGGAUGUUUCAGACGCAGUAAUCGUAUCUACUCCAACAAAAAAUGGGUUUUUACGAAAUUUUUUUGAAACUGCUAGCGAAUCAAAAGCAAAUUAG